AUGGCUACUGUUAUCCCAGUAGAGAUAUCUGAAAAGUCGAUCCUAGCCGAUGAUACCGAACUUGGACCCGGUGAAGAGAGGAUAGCAGAAGCAAUUCCUCCAUUAGGGAAACCUGAGGCCACGAAGAAGUUCUGGUUUCAGAAGACGAAACAGUGCAGCCUCGACGAUAUUGCGACUCAGCCGAGCGUCUACGACAACCCCUAUGUGGCACUCCAGUAUAAGCCUCGUGAUGACUGGGAAAACUUAAAUCGAUUUGAUACGAGAGCACGAUGGACUUGGAGAGAAGAAAAUAAAGUCGUACGGAAGAUUGACUGGCGUAUCAUGACCUGGACAGCAAUAAUGUUCACGGCCAUGGAGUUGGAUAGGGCUAACCUGGCGCAAUCCCUAACCGACAACUUCCUGGAUGAUCUCAACCUAAGCACAAACGACUAUAACUUGGGUAAUACCCUUUACGCGCUGUUCUUCCUAGCUGGAGAAUUCCCUGCGCAACUCCUAGCGAAGUGGCUUGGACCUGAUCGAUGGGUUCCAUCCCAAAUUGUGCUCUUUUCAGUCGUAUCCGCAUCUCAGUUCGCCCUUAAUGGCCGCGCAUCUUUUCUUACUUGCCGCGCUUUGCUGGCUCUACUACAAGGAGGUUUUAUCCCGGAGUGCGUGCUUUAUCUCUCGUACUUUUACAAGCAUCACGAACUUACUAUCCGACUGGGCUUCUUUUGGAGCGGAAUGUUCGUAGCAGACAUCCUCGCUGCUAUAAUUGCGUUUGGGUUACUUCAUAUGCGGGGCGUAGAGGGUCGUUCGGGUUGGCGAUGGCUGUUCUUGAUCGAGGGGCUCAUAACUGGGACUGUUGGACUCUUAUCCUAUGUUAUGAUGCCGCCGGGUCCGACACAGACAUCAAGUUGGUCGCGAGGAAAGGAUGGCUGGUUCACGCCACGCGAGGAAACCAUCAUGGUAAAUCGAAUUAUAAGAGACGACCCAAGCAAAGGUACAAUGCAUAAUCGACAACCCAUCACCUCGAAGUUACUAUGGAAGAGCUUAACGGACGUUGACCUCUGGCCACUCUAUGGCCUUGGACUUACCUUCAACAUUCCAACAUUCUCGCCACAACAAUAUCUCAGCCUUUCCUUACGAGGUCUUGGUUUCGAUACCUUCCAGACUAAUCUCUUAUCAAUCCCGUACCUGGUCUUAAAGAUCUUCAACAUGAUGGCGUUAGCUACGCUUGCAGAAUACACAGGACAGCUUGCUGCAUGCGCAUCCAUCUUCCAGUUCUGGUGUCUACCUUUCUUAAUAUACUUACGCGUCGUAGAUACGACUAGAGUAUCGAAAUGGCUAACAUGGGCCAUGAUUUCACUAUUGCUAGCGGCGCCCCUUGGUCACCCAGUGCAAGUCGGAUGGGUAUCCCGAAACUCAAAUGCCGUCCGAUCGAGGACUUUGGGCGUUGCCUUAUACAAUAUGUUUCUUCAGGCAGGAGUAAUCAUUUCUUCGAACAUCUACCGAGCAGACGACGCACCACUAUAUAGGAGAGGAAAUAGCAUAUUGAUCGGUAUCUUGUGUCUAAACUUGGUGCUCUAUGUGCUAGCAAAGACAUAUUAUAUCUGGCGGAACCGCGUGAGGGAGCGCAGAUGGGAUGCCAUGACUCCUGAGGAGAAACUGGUCUACCUUGCUGACCACCAAGAUGCCGGAAACAAGAGGCUUGACUUUAGGUUGGCCUCGUAG